GCACCGUAAAUAAGUCCCGUCUCAGAUUCCACGCAAUGAGGUUUCCACCACCGGAGGCAGAACGUCUGUAGUGGAUCUGAAGAGAUGAGCUGUCCCUGCGUCAUGCCCUCUGUCCCCGCUCUCCUUCAGGAUUGGCUGAGCAGAUACGGGUACCUCCCACCCCCGGACCCUCGCACCGGCAGGAUGCAGACCAGGGACGGCCUGGAGAGGGCCAUCAGAGUCAUGCAGCGCUUCGGGGGGCUCCGGGAAAGCGGCCAGCUGGACGCAGACACCCUGAAGCUCAUGGCCACGCCCCGCUGCUCGCUGCCCGACAUCGUGGGGCACGAGGACAUGCUGAAGAAGAGGAAGAGGAGGAGGCGCUACGCCCUGUCGGGUCUGCAGUGGGACAAGAAGGACCUGACCUGGAGCGUCCACAGUCACCCGUCCGGCUCCUCUAUGCCCAUGGGGCAGGUGGAGAGGGUCCUGACGCAGGCCUUCACCGCCUGGAGCUCCGUCACCCCCCUGACCUUCACCCAGCUCCGCCAGGGCGACGGAGACAUCAGGGUGGACUUCCACCGCUCGCUGCAUGAGGACGGCUACCCCUUCGACGGCCUCGGGGGCACGCUGGCCCACGCCUUCUUCCCGGGGACGGACCCCAUGGCCGGGGACACGCACUUCGAUCUGGACGAGCCCUGGGGCCGCUCAGGCUCGGAUCAGGAAAUCGACCUGUUCACCGUGGCGGUGCACGAGUUCGGCCACGCCCUGGGGCUCGGACAUUCGUCCUCUCAGCUGUCCAUCAUGAAGCCGUACUACCAGGGCCCCGUGGGAGACGUCACCACCUACCGCCUCCCCGCGGACGACCGGCAGGCCAUCCAGGAGGUGUACGGUGCCAUCCAUGGUGAAACACCGUACCCUAGUGACCCGAACCUCCCAGGACUGCCCCCGCCUCAGCCCCGGCCAACCAGGCACUCAGACCCCACGUUCCAGGAUCGAUGCACUGGGAGAUUCGACGCUGUGGCCAACGUCCGCGGGGAGGUGUUCCUGUUCAGAGGCCGGUACUUUUGGAGAACCGCCCGAGACGGGUCGUUGAAUUCGCUGAACCCGGCCCUCAUCAAUAACUUCUGGAUGGGCCUCCCAGCAGACACCAGCAAGAUCGACGCCGUGUACGAGAGGAGGAGCGACAGCAGCAUCAUCUUCUUCAUCGGUGCUCAGUACUGGGUGUUCAAGGACACCCAGGCCCGGGAGGGCUACCCCAGGCCCCUGUCCGAUUGGGGAAUGAUGACCGGGACGGGGGCACCCGUGGACAGGGUGGACGCUGCCUUCGUCUGGGCUCACAACGGGAAGACCUACCUGUUCAGCGGCGGCGAGUUCUGGAGGUUCGACGAGAGCAGCGCGUCCCAGCAGGGGGGGAUCCGGCCGCAGGAGCCAGGGUACCCCAAGAGCGCCAACCUCUGGAGGGGGGUCCCCGCCCAUGUGGAUGACAUCAUCAGCUGGGGCGAAGGUGACGCCUACUUCUUCAAGGACAACCUCUACUGGGUUCUGAAGAAAGGCGGGAUGGACGAGGACAACGUCACGCCCAAGUCCAUCGCCGUUGAUUGGCUGAGGUGCCCGGCACCCACCCCGACCACAGACAGGCCGCGGCCAAAGGACUGCAGCUGUGCCCUGAGCGCGGCCAGGCCUCUGCUCCGUGGCAGUGGGCUGCUCCUGUUGUCUCUGCUGGGGCUGGCCUGGACGCUGGCUGGAGAGUAGAGAGAACAUCCCCUGAAGGACUGCAGGAGGACCUCCAAAACGCCCUUGUGAUUGUGAGCGUUGUUCUUAAAGGGGACAUAUUACACCACCAGGUGUGAGUUUGAUUAGCCUUACAAGUCGUUUUGAAAAUCUCUAAUCGCACCUGGUGGUGUAACCCUACAUGCCCACUACCUCCGUCAGUCCGUAAUAUGUCCCUUAAAUUCGCUCACACACACACUCGGUACCUUGAUCUCACUGGUUUAUGAAUUGGAACCGUGUUUAGUUUUCUUACGGCAGGGGUUUCUACCUAAUGGUCAGGACAUCAGGAGCAAGUCUGUUCUGAAGGUACCGUCUACCUCGGCGUUCAUCGAGACAGCUUUUCACAAAAGACAAUGAAAUAAUUAUGCAAUAUGCAAUAUUUUUAAGCAUAAAUGUUCAAUAUACAGGGGUGGCCCAUUUGUUUAAAAUGAUGAUACGACCGGCUAUGAAUGACACGUUCCUGCUUCUCAGGUAGUUAGAAUGAUAAUUCUAACUUUUGCAUUUUAAGUCAAUAAUUAGGAAGCGGAUACACAUUAUGGAUCAAUCAUUUAGGGACAAGGUGUGAUAAAUAAGUGGAUUUUUUUGUAAAUAUUACUUAAUUGUAGCUGUCCACUUGGUUCAUUUUAUUGCUUAGUUUCUCUUUACUUUUUCAAAACAAAGAUACUCAAUUCAAUAAACGUAGGUAUAAUAAAGUGUUUUACUUUUG